AUGGUUUUGUGUUUUGUGGUGCAUUGUUGGUUCUAUGACACAAAAGCUAAAAUAGUUGUGUUUUGUACCGUUUUUGUGGUUGCCUAUAGGAAUUUACUUUGUUUUGCGUUUGUGGUCAUGUACACAAAGAUGAAUUACUUAGGAGAAUAA